AUGGCGGACGAGAUCUCCAAGUCCGGCUCUGAUGCCGCCCAUCUCGAGAAGCCGACGUCUGAGACGAUGGAGAGAUCUCAGGCCACUGCGAUGAGCCCUGCGUUGGCCGAUCCGGCCACGCGUGCACGAGUAGAGAAAAGCCUGAAGCGCAAGCUCGAUGCUCGCUGUGGUCUCUUCGUUCUCAUCUAUAUCAUGAACUAUCUGGACCGCAAUAACAUCUCGGCUGCUCGUCUCAAGGGACUCCAGGAAGAUCUCAAUAUGGAUUACAGCCAAUAUGCGACAUGUCUGAGCAUUCUCUAUGUCGGCUAUAUCCUGAUGCAAGUCCCGUCCAACAUUUUCAUCAACAGGAUCCAGCGGCCCUCACUUUAUAUCUCCGUGGUCAUGCUCAUUUGGGGUCUUAUCUCGACCUUGUCGGGUGUGGCCACUAACUUUGCGGGAUUGGUCGUCAUCCGUUUCUUCCUCGGCUUUGUUGAGGCCGCUUUCCUUCCCGGAGCUCUCAUGAUUCUGUCGAAAUGGUAUACCCGUCGAGAGCUGACGACAAGAAACGCAAUUCUCUUUUGUGGAAACCUGAUUUCGAAUGCAUUCUCCUCUCUUAUUGCCGCUGGCGUUCUCUCUGACAUGCAGGGCGUUCUGGGCCAUGCCGCGUGGCGCUGGCUGUUUUGGAUCGAGGGUGCCAUUACAAUGGCCAUUGCCAUCUCUGCCGGAUUCAUCCUGCCUGAUCUGCCGACUAACACGCGCGGUUUCACCAAGGAGGAACUGGAGGUAGCCCAGCUACGCAUGGCGGAGGAUGUAGGAGAAGCGGAUGUUGAUUCGGAGGAUCAGGGACCGUGGGAUGGCUUGUUCAUGGCCGUGAAGGAUAUCAAGAUCUAUAUCAUGAUGAUCACCUUUACCGCUUAUGUGGUUGGCCUCUCGUUCAACGCCUUCUUUCCCAGUCUUACCGAGACCCUCGGGUUCAGUUAUGUGCCCACGCUCCUCAUGAGCGCCCCGCCAUGGGUGUUUUCUUGCCUCUUUUCACUGGCCGUAGCGUGGAGCUCCGAUCGGUAUCAGGAGAAGCUUUUUCCGUGCCUUGUGUUUCAAACCACCAAGGCAGACACUCACUUCCGGCAAUCCACUCGAUACAAUGACUGUGCUAACGAAACCCGGAACUACAGCUUCAUCGUCUUUUACUCCUGGAUCAGUUCAACCUUCCCGCGUCCUCCCGCGAAGCGUGCCGUGGCCAUCGCCAUGAUCAACGCAUUCAGCCAACUGGGCAACGUCGCUGGCUCGUACGUCUGGAAUCUUUCGGAAAAUGGAUACCGGAAGAGCUACGGCAUUGUCACGGCCAUGUUUGGCAUCACUAUUGUCGGCUGUUUCGGGCUCCGCAUGCUGCUUGCCAACCUUAACAAGCAGCUUGAGGAGGCGGAGCACGAGGCUAAUGGCCAGCCGGACAAUGCGCAUGUGGACGAGUUGCAUAUGACUAAGGGCUUCCGGUACCUGGUGACGCCAAAAUCUAACGCCUACUCAAAUGGCUAUCUUCUGUCCGUCUUCGUGAUAUCUAAAUUUAGGAGUCUUAUAAGCCUAAAGACAAAGAUAUGGAAAAUACACGUGCCUAUAGAAAGCAGAGGCGAGCUUGCUUGUAUCCUGGUUCUUUUGGUGUACUUCUCAUACAAUGAAUCACGAUACAGUUUACCAAUGAUCCAGAACGUCUUAUCUUAUAAAUAA